AUGGUCAUGGCAGGUAGGAAGAAGGUGGCCACAAAGAAGAUGGAAAAGUCACUGGAGUCGAUCAACUCUAGGCUCCAACUGCUUACGAAAAGUGGAAAGUACGUGCUGGGGUACAAGCAGACUCUGAAAAUGAUCAGACACGGCAAAGCGAAACUGAUCAUCCUUGCCAACAACUUCCCAGCCUUGAGGAAAUCUGAAAUACAGUAUCAUGUCGUGUUGGCCAAAACUGGUGUCCACCAUUACAGUGGUAAUAAUAUUGAAUUGGGCACAGCGUGUCGAAAAUACUACAGAGUAUGCACACUGGCUAUCAUUGAUCCAGGUGAUUCUGAUAUUAUUAGAGGCAUGCAAGAACAGACUGGUGAAAAGUAAAUCAUGUACAAUUUUUCUUUAAUAAAAUUGGCCAGAGCUUGUUUUAAAAAUUUA